AUGCCUGGGAGAGUCAUGUCUGCGACGUCAGGGCGUGCUCCCGCUGGUGUCCGCAUUAAGGAAGAACGAACGCGUCGAUCGCGCGCAGAAGUGGAGGAGCCUGAAGCUGGGGACGAUACUGCAGAUCAAGACGCAGAAGGCGAAGAAGAUGCGGAGAACCCAGUGGAUGAUGCAGACGAUCAAGGGGAAGGGUCAUCUAGAGGUGUGAAGCGUUCACGCGUGAACGAGAAUGGCGACUCCGUGCCCUCUGAUAGCCAGAGCCCUCCACCGGAAAGAAUCCGCGUAAAGACACAGCCCAGGGACGUUGACGGUUUCAUUCCUGGAUCAAUUGUACGAAUUCAACUAGAGAACUUCGUCACGUACGAUUGGGUGGAAUUCUUCCCUGGAGCGUACCUAAACAUGAUCCUGGGUCCAAACGGUACAGGAAAGAGCAGUAUUGCUUGUGCGAUAUGUCUGGGACUUAAUUUCCCUCCGAGCGUUCUUGGCCGUGCUUCAGAUCUCAAUCUGUUUGUGAAACACGGGCAUUCAGAAGGACAUAUUGAGAUCGAGUUGAAGGGGUCCUUGGGGAAGCCCAACGUCAUCAUCCGUCGAAUGUUGAAAUCUACAUCAAAAUCAUCUCAAUUCUUGCUGAACGGUAAAUCAGCUAGCGGUAGGGAUAUCAAUGCGAAGAUGGCAGAACUCAAUGUCCAAGUGGGAAAUCUAUGUUCCUUCUUGCCUCAAGACAGAGUUUCCGAGUUCGCACAAAUGACUCCCCAGCAGCUUUUGCGGGAGACCCAACGCGCCGCCGGGGACGAGAAUCUCACCACUUGGCACGAUACACUCAUAUCCGCAGGUAAAGAACUCAAGCAAUUGCAAGAGCUCAUGGGAGGCGAACGUGAUCAAUUGAAGACCAUGCAAGAACGUAACGAAGGCCUUGAACGAGAGGUGCAGAGAUAUAACGAGCGCAAGCAAAUCGAACACGAUAUUGCCUUAUUGGAAAUCCUUCUGCCAGUCCAGCGUUACAGGGAGCAUCGGGUGAAAUGCCUCGAAGUCAAAGAACAGUCUCGCAUCCUCCACGCAAAAGUCAUCAAGCUGAAGGAAAAGAACGCUCCCGCCCAUGAUCUCUUGCAGAAAUUGACAACUCAACACAAAGACCACGAGAAACGCAGGGAGGAAUUGAAAAGGUCGACUCAGCAAAAAUUUAAGAAAAUGACGGAAAAGUGGGAUGGUAAUGGCAAACUCGAGACCGCAAUGGGCGAAGAAGAAGACAAGCUGCAUCGCUUGAAGGAGCAAGAAAAGGAGCGUCAAAAGAAGAUGAAGAGAUAUGAAUCCGACAUUGCUGGGUACGAAGCCGAAUUGGCUGUGAAGGUAGAGGUGGAGGAUAUUAGCGAUGUGAAACGCGACGCAGAUCAAAUUUCCGCGGAACGUAUUCCCUUACAGAAACGAUAUGCCGCCUGGCAAGCCAGUUACAGGGAAAUUGUCAAUACGAAAGUCACGCAGCAAGGUCGUAUUGAGGGUUGUAACGCCCGUUUGAAGCAGCUGGAUGACGCCAGCACGCGGAAGCUCCAGCAGUUCGAGCGCUGGGACCGCGACCAUGCAGACGCAGUUCGAUGGCUUCGUGCAAAUCAGAACAAAUUUGAGAAGGAAAUAUUCGAGCCUCCUAUCCUGUCCGUCAGCAUCCCCGACAAGCGGUAUGCUGACGCCGUUGAAUCUUUCUUCAAUCAAAAUACCAUGAAGACAUUUGUCAUGCAGACUCAGCGCGACUAUGAUUUAUUCAACAAAUACAUGCAUACGGAGCACGCCCUUGGCCAAAACCGUAAGGUCAGGAUCAAUACCUGGUUCAGGCCUUACAAUGAGGAAUCCGUUUCUGAACCACCGAUGUCGCCAACCGAGCUGGAGGAGGUUGGCUUCGAUGGUUAUGCCCUCCAGUUUAUCGAAUACCCGAAAGGGAUGGAAUGGUGGCUGAAGGAUUCAGUUGGGCUUCAUCGCUAUGCCAUCGGAAUAUCGAGGCAAGUUGACGUGCAAAGGGCGAUGCAAGCCGUCACUAGGAUUGGCCCUAAUGGAAGGGGUGGAAAUGGAGCCUCCUUCAUUGUCGGAAACGUAGUACACCAAGUCAGCCGAUCAAGGUAUGGCAAGCGCGCUGUCCAAAAUAUGACCAGAGAUGUCAGACCGGCGCGUAACCUUGUGAAUGCAUCUGUCGAUCAAGAGGUUAAGUCACGCAUCGAAUCCGAAAUGAGGGAGUAUCAGACAGAGCUUGAUAUGGCAUUGGCGAGGCAGAAAGAGCUUGACGAUGAGAAGCGUGCUAUAGAAGCCGAAGAUGAGGGCUUCAAGAAACGCAUGAUCGAGGUCCAAGCUCGUCGAAAGGUUAUUCAAGAUGAACAAGCCCGCGUUGGAGCUCUGAAGUCGAAGCUUGAACGAAUCACCAGAGCUCUUCAAGACUUGCAAAAGGUUCCCCCAGCAGAUCAGAAGCGAGCUCAAAUUAAGAAAGAAAUCAAUCGACUUGCUCGAGAACGAACCAAGCUUGCACGCGACUAUGUUGAACUCUCCAAGGCUGUCGUUGCCGAACAGAAAGAAGCAACGAAAGCUGGGCUUGAGUACCUACAAAUUGGCGCCAAUAAAGCAGCCCUUGCGGAACUCUGCAAGCGCAAGGAUGAGAGGUACGAAAUUGCGUUAGCUGCAUGGCAUGAAGUAAAUGAGGAGUAUAAACGCCUCAAAGCAACGACGCAAGUGAUAUUAGCAGAAAGCAAAGCCAUUGUUGAGGCUGCCGAUGCAGCGAAUCCAGAGAUAUACGAGGAAUUCAACGAGAUAGGGAGAAUCCGUAUGGAAUGGGACCAGGAAGUCAAGGAAGCCAACGACGCGGGCAGGACUCCCCCUCCUGGCGAUCAUAUCGAGCAGCGCUCCGCAGAGCAGCUGGAGGCAGACCUUGAGGAGCAGCGCAAUAGACUCGAACUGAACCUGAAUACCAAUCCUGGUGUCAUCGAGCAGUAUGAAAGGCGCAAGCAGGAAAUCGAGAACAUGACUAGGACACUGGAGGAGAAGCAGAAGAAGGUCGACAGAAUUGAGCGCAAUAUCAAGAAUGCCAGGGACAAUUGGCAACCUGCCCUCGAAGAUCUGGUUCAGAGCAUUGGCAAGAAGUUUUCCGCUGCGUUUGAUCGCAUUGGAUGUGCGGGCGAAAUUCGUAUCAGUGAGCAUGAAGACUAUGAGAAAUGGGCUAUCGACAUCCUCGUGAAAUUCCGCAGUACCGAAAAGCUACAGCUUCUUACUGGGCAGCGUCAAUCCGGUGGCGAACGAUCACUCACAACCAUCCUCUAUCUCAUGAGCUUGACCGAGGAGGCUCGAGCCCCAUUUUCAUUGGUAGACGAGAUUAACCAGGGUAUGGAUCAACGAGCCGAGCGGAACGUGCACAACUCCAUGGUCGACGUGACCUGCAAAGAGGACAGCGCGCAAUACUUCCUUAUUACGCCCAAGCUUCUUCCCGACCUCAACUAUCAUGAACGCAUGCGGAUCCUCUGCGUCAACAACGGUGAAUGGCUUCCAGAAGAACGCGGCCUCGGCGAUAUGAUGGGCAUGAUCAACAACUAUCACCAGCUCCGCAACCGCGCACAGAAUUCCAAUUAG